AUGAAUGAGGGAAUGAUUGGCAACAACUACGGCCUGUACAGAGGAACAAGCAGUGACUUUUGUUCGAAACUGAAGCCCAAGCAGCACGUUUGCUGCUCUGAGGGAGACCUUCCUGAUUUCAGCCCCAAGCCUAAUGAGGAUGGCUCAUGCUACACAUACCAGGUCAAGGAGGAUGAUAACUGUGACAACCUUGCUGCUGAGUACAGUCUGACCAGGGAUGCCCUUGAAGACUUCAACAAGAAUACCUGGGGCUGGAACGGCUGUCAGCUUCUGUACAAGGACACGAUCAUGUGCUUGAGCAAAGGGACUCCGCCUUUCCCUGCCCCAAUUGCCAACGCAGUUUGCGGUCCCCAGAAGCCAGGGUCUCAGCCGCCAACUGAUGGCUCGGAUAUCGCUGAGAUGAACCCCUGUCCGUUGAACGCAUGCUGCAAUAUCUGGGGGCAGUGUGGUAUCACCAAGGACUUUUGCGUCGACACCAACACCGGUGCUCCUGGAACCGCUGAGCCGGGCACCUACGGGUGUAUUUCCAACUGCGGGAUGGAUGUUGUCAAGGGCGACGGAACGGGUGCUAUCAAGAUUGCCUACUACGAAGGAUACUGCUUGAGCAGAGAGUGUCUCUUCCAAGAUGCCUCCCAGAUCGACACCUCGGCGUAUACACACGUCCACUUUGGCUUUGGCACGUUGACCGCUGACUAUGAUGUUGAGACUGAUCUUGUCGUUUGGUGGGUGGGACUCUCGACGUCGGCUGAUACUUAUCAGAUUUUCCGCAACGGUGUUAAGCCUGCGAACCGGCUUACCAUGGCGACGAAGAUUGCCAACUUCAUCAAGGAGAAUGACCUGGAUGGCGUCGAUAUUGACUGGGAGUAUCCUGGUGCGCCUGAUCUUCCGGACUUUGAUCCCGGUACGGAGGAAGACGGGCCCAAUUACCUUGCAUUCCUUGUUGUUCUCAAGAACCUCUUGCCUGGCAAGUCUAUCUCGAUUGCCGCCCCUGCCUCGUACUGGUACUUGAAGCAGUUUCCUAUCGAGAAAAUCAGCAAGAUUGUGGAUUACAUCGUCUACAUGACCUAUGAUCUCCAUGGCCAGUGGGAUGCGCACAACAGCAAUGCCCAAGAGGGAUGUGACACCGGCAACUGCCUGCGCAGCCAGGUCAACCUGACAGAGACCAAGCAGUCGUUGGCGAUGAUCACCAAAGCCGGUGUUCCCGGGAAGAAGGUCGUUGUCGGGGUGACUAGCUACGGGCGAUCCUUCAAGAUGGCCGAGGCAGGAUGCUGGGGCCCCGACUGCGUGUACACUGGUGACCGAUUGAACUCGAACGCGAAGAAGGGAAAGUGCACCGGUACCGCUGGGUACAUUGCUGACGCUGAGAUUGCCGAGAUCCUGAACGAGCCAGACCGAGUCGUCAAGCACUUUGUCGACUCCAGCAGCAACAGUGACGUUCUUGUCUAUGAUGACACGGAAUGGGUGGGCUACAUGAGCGCCUCAACCAAGAAGACACGCACAGCGCUCUACUCCGCCUGGGGUCUGGGAGGUACCUCCGACUGGGCCAGUGAUUUGCAGAAAUACCACGAUGUGCCUGCGCCGGCGAAGAGCUGGGGCAUGUUCAAGCAACUCGCCCUCGCCGGGGACGACCCCAAGGCAGACCACACGCGGAACGGUAACUGGACGGAGAUGGAUUGCACGCACGAGAUGAUUGUCGACUCAACGUACCACCUGGGGUCUGAACGGUGGAGCACUCUGAACGCGGACGCCGCAUGGGCGGACGUGGUCAGAAUCUGGCAAGACACCGACCAGCCGAGAGCCGGGAUCUCGUUCAUGCAGUCGGUCUCAACUACCCUGCAUAUGGGAGCUGAGGCCAACUGCGGCUCACUGACGGCGGACAGCUGUGUCACGAAGGACUGCCCCGCUGGUGCGAAUGGUGAUACCUCUGGACCCGCGGCGCAGCUGAUCUGGAACUCGCUGGUGAAAAUCCACAUGCUACACAAGGACUACCACGACACUCUGUUCGAGGUCGCCGCGCUUACCAGCACCGCUCUCAAGGAUCUGGAGAACAAGUUUGCGCCCAUCCCGCCGGAGGAGGACAAUACCUGGCUCUUGCUGCUUAUUGACCUGCUCACCCUUGGAGCCCUCGGGACUGCCGGGCCUUUCUUCAACACGGCCCUCAGGAAGCUGCCUUAUUUCCUCGAGAAAGGAAUCACCGUUGACAACAUCAAGGAUACCAGCAUGACCCUCAUCGGACAGGGUACAACCAUUGCCAAGGACGUGCUACCAAGCAAAGACGCCCCAUGGACGCCGGAGGCACAGGAUGAAUUCUCAAACUAUAUGGGGCAGGUCGUUUGGGGCUGGGCCAAUGUCACCACUAUUGCCCUCAAGGAAAUAUUCAACGGAAGCGAGCACUCGCUUCAGAUCCUCGGGGACACCAUGUCCGGCGGGAAGCUCAUCGAGGGUGCAUUCGAGCAACAACCCCCCGAGGAAGAUGAGGAUACCGAUAAGAACGAACUGCGCGCCAACAUCCAAAAGUGCUUCUUCGGCUACUCCAUCCCCGCCCUCUGGCAGGUCUCCAAGACAUACGCCUUCAUCAUUGACGCAGGACACGGCUGUGACGAGGGCAAGCAACUCACCGACUACCUCAAAGACGACACCAUGGACGCCACAGGCGCCUGCGUCGAUGGGCAACAGUACUACCUCGUCUACCCGGACGGCGACGCCGUGGAAUGCCACUGCGAGUUCUACGACGGCGGCCCCUGCCAGCGCGUCUGCGUCGACAACAAAUUCUCCGUGCCCCCCGGCCUCGACUCCCUCGGCAACGGCAACUUCGGUGGCAUCACAAAGGACGACCUCGUCAAGGGCUCUGUCCGGACGUGGAAGCAAAACGGCAAGGAAAACAGCGGCGGCUUCGCGGACCCGACGAACAAAGGCACAAUCGAUAACCUGAUGGAUGUGGACGUCACGACUCCCGGGUUCAUGCGUAUCCCGGUUUUCUCGCCCGAGCGCGCCUUUCAAUCCUGGGAUACCGCCGAGGCCGGGUCGAGCCAGUUCUACCCCUGCGAUAUCCCCCCGGGCAAGGACGAAUGCGGGGACUCGUCGUUUGAGAACCAGACCAGUGAUGGCUCGCCUAGUGUCGAGGACUGCCAGCAAAUCAUUAAGAACAUCGAGGGCGACGCGGGCACGGACUGGACGACGCAGGUUGUUGGCAAGAAUCAGCGCGAGAUUGCCUCGCACGGGUCUUGUGCGUUUGGGGUUGAGGCGACCAAGGUUGAUGGCAAUGUGAACUUUGUCGUCGGCGGGCAGGAUGUCAUUGACAUUAUCAAUGAGGCCAUUAGGCGGUUUGGUGGGGGUGGCAGGGUUGGUGCGAAGGGGAACAUGGAUUGUAAUGGAAAUGUCAAGAGUCAGCCGGUGUUGUGGGGGAUCUACUAG